AUGCCCUGGCUUCCCUCCAUUCCGUAUCCGCCUUCUAGGGAUGGAUAUUGGCACCCUGUUACUUCGACUUUGAACUGGUGCGAAGAGGACUAUUAUGCUACUAUCUAUUCCGCCGAAAUCGUCAAUACCCUGACGAAUCUCUUGUUCAUGAUGCUAGGAGUGAAAGGCAUUCUUAGCUGUCGGCGCAAUGGGCACGAUACAAUUUUCCAGGUGGCGUACUAUGGGUACAUCGUAGUUGGCACCGGCAGCUUUUUGUUUCACUCGACACUGAAAUAUCCAAUGCAGCUAGUCGACGAGUUGUCUAUGAUUUAUACCACAUGCUUGAUGUGCUACGCUUCCUUCUCCUACACAAGAUCAGUCAGCUACCGAAUCUUCCUCUCUAUUUUCCUCUCUGCUCUGGCUGUCUUCAUCACUCUUUACUAUCAUUACCUCCAGAAUCCAGUAUUCCACCAGAACGCAUACGCCCUACUUACUGCCGUCGUGCUAGUACGAAGUAUGUACACUAUGGAGGUGGAACUCCGCCCUUCGUUGCGGCGUACAACCGAGGAGGAUCGGCUCGAACGGGAAAGGCAGGGCCUCCCCGUCCUCUCCAAGGAAAGACAACACUACGAGAAUGUCCGGGACCUGAAGACUUUAAAGACAAUGUGGUAUAUGGUUGGCUACGGACUGAGUGUCUUUUUGGGCGGGUUCGCAAUCUGGAACCUGGACAACUAUUUCUGCAGUACAAUACGAGUGUGGCGUCGAGAAGUCGGCCUUCCCUGGGGUAUCUUGCUUGAAGGCCAUGGCUGGUGGCAUAUAAUGACCGGUGCCGGCGCACACCUUUACAUCGUAUGGGGUAUUUGGUUACGCCACUGCCUGAACAAACGCCAAGAGGAAUACCAUUUAUGGUGGCCGCAUAUCUGGAAUACGCCUGAGAUCGUGCGAACCUCGACCAAUGCAAAUAGAUCGGCUAAGAAGGUACUUUGA